GGGUGGAGAUGGAGGGGACUUAAAAAAGGUGUGUAUCCCUUUAACAAGGGCCCAACCCCAGGGCCAAGUCAGAGGGAGCUCAGUCACUACCUCCCCACUGAGCCAGCUCCGCCAGGCACAGCCAGAGUGGGACAGAUUCUGGGAGCCAGGCGGGAGGAGCCGUGGCCCGGCUAAGUGGGGAGCUUGGCAGUGCCCAAGUCCAGGCCCCAGAGCCCUGCUGGAGAGGAGACAGUCCCCGGAAGCAGCUCUCAGGCCAGGACCUACCUCCUGCCAGCCCUUCCUCGGAGAGGCUGAUGGGACAGCUUGACCCUCACACCUGGCUGGGCCUGGUUGGAGGGAGACCCUGGCAGAAAAAGCUUUGGAAAAGCACUUGUCCAGAUGGUUAUCUCCCCGAAGGACUGAAGGCCUGGGUGGUGGAGGCAGGCAGCAGGCGGCAGGCAGCUCACUGUCCUGGGUGCUCAGGCCCCCGAGGAGUGAGGCAGUGAGAUGGCGGACUGCUACACGGAGCUGGAGAAGGCCGUCGUGGUCCUGGUGGAGAACUUCUACAAAUACGUGUCCAAACACAGCCUGGUCAAGAACAAGAUCAGCAAGAGCAGCUUCCGAAAGAUGCUUCAGAAAGAGCUUAACCACAUGCUGACGGACACCGGUAACCGGAAGGCUGCUGACAAGCUCAUCCAGAACUUGGAUGCCAACCACGACGGGCGCAUCAGCUUUGACGAGUACUGGACCUUGAUAGGUGGCAUCACCGGCCCCAUCGCCAACCUGAUCCGCCAACAGGAGCAGCAGAGCGGCAGCUAGAGGACCCCUCCUGCCACCCCUCCACACCCAGCCCCAAUGCUCUUCCCAGGCUCCCCAGGGCCUCCCCAUCCCCCACCCCCAUCCCCAUUCCUCCCUGCACACCUCCUGCUGAAAAGGGAAAGGGCCCCUCUGGGAGUGUUGCGGUCUGCAGGUGUCUCCCAAAGGGUCUUAGCCCUGGAGCCAGCAGGCCCGGGGGGCCCCUCUGUGAGGCCUCAGCGCUGGUUGGGGUCCCCAUGAGUUUCUUCUCAGUCCACCAAGCAGUCAUCGUCUGAUGCCCUGCCUGACUCUGGGUCUCUCCUGGCCUCUGCAGGUCAGCUGGCUGCUUGAGGUCUCCCUGCCCCCCGAGGCAGAGGCCUCUCCUCUUUCUCUCAGCCUGUUUGCUGGGGAGAGAAGAUUUCCAGGGACUGUGGGUCAGGGAACAGUUGAGCAGGGCUGCCCCACCCCCCUCCUGGUCACCACUGAAGCGAUGGCAAUAAAGGCUGGAUUUGGAGUUUGUACCCCUCA